UCCGGCUGAUCCCCGGGACGCGGGAGAGCCGCGGCGGGGCUGGGGCUGGGGCUGCCGGCGCUCCCGGCGCUGUAAGGCCCAGCGUUUGCUAUCUCUGUGAGGCUACAAGCGGCUGAUGCUCGGAGGUGUGUUGGAUGAUUCCUUUUUCCAGAGCACUGUGGCUGACUGGUUAGUGUUCCUUGCUUCCACAGAAGGAGAUGCCUACGUAACACACAUUGCCAGCAAUUGUACUGAAUACUUUGCUGCUGAACCAGUUGCUCAGGUACCCAGCCUGUCUCUGUUGCUAUGGGAGAUUGGAGGACUGUUACUGUGCCGCUGCUGUCGUCAGAUAGCAAAAAUAUAUUUCCAUAUACCUCAGAAAGGAAAUCUCCUGCAAGCAUGAGCUCAGAAGUGCUACGCUUGUCACUGCCUUCAGCCAAAAGCAUGCACAGCUUUUUCAGUGCCUUCUGCACAGAAGAGAAUAUUGAACAGAGUAUAUCCUAUAUUGAUAGGGAAUUAACAACGAUGGGGUUUCCCUCUAUUUAUGCGGAGUCCAAAGGAAAAGAAUUAGAUUUAGUGUCUAUGGUCAAUUGUAUGAAUGAAUUGCUUGUACUGCAGCACAAGAACCUCCGAGCUCAGGAAGAAAUAGAAAUACAGCAUCUCAAACUGGGGAGUGAUAUGGAUCACUUGCAGAACUGCUAUACUAAGUUAAAGGAACAGUUGGAAUUAUCUAAAAGGGAAAUAGUUGGGCUUCAGGAAAGAGACAGACAACUGCAAAGCAAGAACAGAAAUUUGCACCAGUUACUUAAAAAUGAAAAGGAUGAAGUUCAGAAGUUACAGAAUGUAAUUUCAAGUAGAGCUACACAAUACAAUCAUGAUAUGAAGAGGAAAGAGAGAGAAUAUAACAAAUUAAAGGAGCGCUUACAUCAGUUAGUCAUGAAUAAAAAGGAUAAAAAGUUAGCUAUGGAAGUUCUAAAUUAUGUUGGUAGAGCUGAUGGGAAGAGAGGUGCAUGGAGGACUGAUAAGACAGAAGCCAGAAACGAGGAAGAAAUGUACAAAGUUCUGUUAAGUGAUUAUGAACAACGCCAAAAACAGCUUUUACUGGAAAAUACUGAGCUAAAGAAAGUUCUUCAGCAAAUGAAGAAAGAUAUUAUUUCACUACUUCCACCACAGAAACAAAAACCUAAAGAGAGAUCUGAAGAUGGGCCGGUGCUGUCAGACCAGGAGGAAGAUAUUGGAGAAUUAAACAAAGAGAAUAUGUGGGAAUUAUCUUGUGAAACUGUGCGAGAGCAGCUUACCAACAGCAUUAGAAAGCAGUGGCGAAUGUUGAAAAAUCACGUUGAAAAGCUGGAUAACCAAGUGUCACGUGGACAUUCCGGAGCUUUGAAUGAAAAAGAUGUAAUUUCAAGAGAAGACCAUGAGCUAGAAACUGGAAAGUUAGAGUUAGAGAUUCAGCAAUGUAAAGAAAUGAUCAGAACUCAGCAACAGCUCUUACAGCAACAGCUUACCUGUGAUGAUGACACCACUCUGUUACUACAAGACUGCUAUUUGUUGGAAGAAAGAGAGCGUCUCCAGGAAGAAUGGAGGCUGUUUCGAGAGCAAAAAAGGAAUUUUGAGAAAGAACGGAAAAGUUUUACAGAAGCUGCUAUUAGAUUAGGACUUGAGAGAAAGGCAUUUGAAGAAGAUAGAGGAGCAUGGCUGAAGCACCAGUUCUUAACUAUGACUGCUGAUUGCAAGUCUGAAAAUUCAGCAACUCCAAGUGCCUUCUUAAGAAGUGCUGACACAGACCUUCGUUUAGUGAGAUCUGCAUCUCAGCAAAAGAGACCUCCCUCUGUGUUGAGUACUACUACUUCACCAGAGCCUUGCCAGAUAUCCCAGUACAUUACCCAAAACAGUGUUGCAUCAGAAAAACCUGCUGCAGAUUACUUGCCAAAUCUGUGGGUGGGAAGUGAUGGCAAAGAAGAAACUGAAGAAUGCACAAAGACAUGGGAAGACUCUGGACUCGACACUCUAUGUAGAAACUUGCACAUGGAACAGCUGCCUUAGACUUCUAGGGUUGCCUGCUGGGAUUUUUGUUAGAGACUUGUUCAUAAACUUAUCAUUCUAAAUGAAACAGAAUGCUGUGAGUUUGAUCAUUCUUCUGGAGGAUUAUGUGGUGAUCUGAAUCGUGGUGUGUUUCUAUGUGUGUGCACAUGGCUUUUAUUUUUUAGAUAAUUUUUUGCCUCUUUCUUGCAAGUCUUGAAAGAAAAUUUAAGAAUAUAUAAAAGCUUUGAUAUUUUUCUAGUAACGGAAGCUCUAAUUCUGUGAAUAAAGCAAUGGUCUGAAACUUUGACUGUAAUGAAAUACUGGAUCUUAAUGUUACCUUUCAUCACAGGCAGAGAUAGCACUUUUAGAAAUUGUUUAAUUAUUGGAAACAUUCAUUUAAGUCUCAAGUGUAACUGGCAUUAAAUCCUUUUUUGCCUCAACUUGAAUGUACAGUAUACUGUAGAUUUUUAACAAAACAGGUUCUAUAUUUAUUGUGUGAUUUGAAAAUACCUCUUUGAUAUCUCAAUGAUUUAAAGUGCAAAUCUUUAUAUAUGUGUAAAUAGAACAAGUGGUCAUGCUGAGAAACCAUGAAAUGAAACACAUGCAUACAUAAAUAUUAUUUUACAUGGCAUUUUAAAUUGUUUUCUAGUGAUACUCAGUUUACAGAUCCAUUAGGACUUUCAGUGGUUCAGUCAGGAACCAAAGUAUUUCAAAUGUGAACAAUAAACGUGAAAUUCUAUUCUAAAAAACCCUGGUUCUAUGAUUUGUGUGCAGUAAACUUUUAAGCUACCAUGGUUAUAGGGCUAUAUACAAUGUAUACAAAUCUGGUGCUGGUUUUGUAUUUUGUUUGGUUUUUUGUUUUAAUUGACUCCAGAAUGUUAUUUUUUGUGUAGCCUUGGGGAAGUCUCUUGUUUAUAAUGUAAUAAAAAUAGCCAAGUUAGAGGUAA